UCUGUGCAGACUUCUGCUGCUGCUCGCUGGUGGGAGGGGGGAGGACUCUGUUUGACUUUCCGUCCGCUGACGCUGCAGAGAAUCAAGGGUCAGUCGAGGGGAGCAGAUGAUAAACAGAAACAACGCCCACCUCUUCACACAGUCUGCGUGCAGACACAGGACCGCGCGCACGUCUCUCUCCACGGGCUGCAAACGUUUCUCCUCCCAGAGCUGAAGAAUGACGCGUCGUGUGGCAGUGAUCGGAGCGGGCAGCACAGGUCUGGCCUGCAUCAAGUGCUGUCUGGAUGAGGGUCUUGAUCCUGUCUGCUUUGAAAGCAGCGAUGACAUUGGGGGUCUGUGGAGGUUUAAGGAGAAUCCAGAGCCGGGCAGAGCCAGUAUUUACCACUCGGUCAUCAUCAACACCUCCAAAGAGAUGAUGUGCUUCAGUGACUUUCCCAUUCCUGCACACUUCCCAAACUUCAUGCACAACUCACUGAUCAUGGAUUACUUCCGGAUGUAUGCCGAUCACUUCCACCUCACCAAGCACAUACGCUUCAAUACUAAAGUCUGGCAGGUGAAGAAGAGGACCGAUUUCUCCAGGUCCGGCCAGUGGGAUGUUGAAACGGAGAACAAGGAUGGCAAAAAGGAGAAGCACAUAUUUGAUGCUGUGAUGAUCUGCAUUGGGCAUCACUGCAACCCCAACCUGCCCCUGGAGGACUUUCCAGGCAUUGACACUUUCACGGGAAAGUAUUUCCACAGCAGGGACUACAAGACUCCCGAGGAGUGGAGAAACAAGAACGUUGUCGUGAUCGGAAUAGGAAACUCUGGAGGAGACAUAGCAGUAGAGCUGAGCAGAGUCACCAAGCAGCUGUACCUGAGCACUCGCCGAGGGGCCUGGAUUCUGAACAGAGUGGGAGACAACGGCUACCCCCUUGAUUUGCUGUUCAACAGAGCAACCAAUUUUCUCAGAAAAACCCUACCCUUUGGGUAUUUUUGCAAUAUCAUUGAGAACCGACUGAACACAAGAUUCGAUCACGCUCUGUACAAUUUGAAGCCGAAGCACAGAGUGUUCAGCCAGCAUCCCACUGUGAACGAUGACCUUCCCAACCGGAUCCUGUCUGGAACCGUUCAGGUGAAACCCAACAUCCGCAGGUUCAACGGUUCCUCUGUGGAGUUUGACGAUGGAAGCAUCGUGGAAAAUGUGGACCUGGUGGUGUUUGCUACCGGCUACACCUUUUCCUACCCAUUCCUGGCUUCGCAUGUGGUCUCGGUGUCCAACAACCAAGCCUCUCUGUACAAGUACGUGUUCCCCCCUGAGCUGACCCGUCCUACGCUGGCUGUCAUCGGCCUCGUGCAGCCGCUGGGAGCGAUCAUGCCCAUCUCUGAGCUGCAGGCCCGGUGGGCCACACGAGUCUUCAAAGGCUGCAAAACGCUUCCUCCAAAAGAAGAAAUGCUGAAAGACAUCGAAUACAAGCAGGAAACAAUGGCUCGAAGGUACGUCACCAGUUCAAGACACACCAUCCAGGUGGACUACAUCCCCUACAUGGAUGAAAUCGCCGACCUUCUGGGAGUUCGACCCAACCUCCUCUCACUGAUGCUGACGGAGCCCAGACUGGCACUCAGCGUGAUCUUUGGCCCCUGCACGCCGUACCAGUAUCGCCUGAGAGGUCCGGGAAAGUGGGCUGGAGCUCGCAACGCCAUCGCCACUCAGUGGGAAAGGGUGGCUGAGCCCAUGCAGACCAGGCUCAGAGAUGUGCCCAAUGAGAAGAGCUCCAGCUCCAAGUGGCUCCUGCUGAUGUCUGUUGCUGCAGUGGGCUUGGUCGCCUACAUGAACAAGAGCAAGUUUGAAGCCAUCCUGCAGGAUCCGGCCGCACUGCUGGAAAACAUUAAAGGGUAUCUGCCUGCACAGUAAAGCCAGACCACCAUCACCAUAAACUUUAAUGUUUAAAUAAAUGCACCUCUACAUGAAAGAACAUACUACAAUGUUGUGAUUGAAGUCAAUUUGUGCUCAUUCAUUUGAGGAGGUACAUUAUCACUUUUUUUUUUUUUUUUUUUGCUGUUUCAUUAUAUGAUUGAGUCAAAUGUUUUCAAUGUUUAACAAUGUUGUAUUUUCUUCUAUGCAAAAAUAUCGAGAUGCAUUUGUGAUAAUAUUGCUUGAUUUUUAAGUUUUUGAGUCAUAUGACAUUUCAAUAAAAUCAUGCUUUAUUCAAGUUUUUUUUUUUUAAUAUUGUUGAAAAUGUUUUCUAUUUCAAGGUCUUUGUUAUAUUGGCAAUAUUCUUCUCAAACCAUGUUUUUCUUUGAAUGUGCUGGAAAAAUGUAAUUAUGUUGUUGAUAAAUGUCACCUUUGUACCUGAUUUUUGUUUCUUAAUGUCUUACAUCAAUAAAAGUUUC